UCGGACGGUCAAGGAAGGUAUGCCAUAGCGUACGCUGUCAACCAGCAGUUUGGUAAGCCGCUCUGCGGCGGUGCUUUGUGGUCGGGUCCCGUUGAGCCUCGGCUUGACAGGGCAGGGAAUGUGUGGUCGCUCGCACCAAAGAGCGGUGGGGAACGUGGGAGGUCUGGGCGGUGUACUGUCGGCCAGCUGUCCAAUCUGAUGCGGAGAGAGUGGUCGGAAGCGCACUCGUUCCAGUGAUCGCUCCUCGACGGCUCGGUGAUCGCCACGUCAUCCCCACGAGCGCUCACGUACGUCACCUCCUCUAUACGCCGUACGGCAUUGAUUGAGUGUUGCUGUUUCAAUCAUGAUGAUGCAGGUAGCAAAGGAGAUUGCGAAGAUGAAGGUCAAGGAGGUGCCGGAGUAUGUAAAGUCUGUUGCAACGAAGGAAAAUAUAACCAAUAAGACAUUGACUUUCCUUCAACGGUACCAGGAAAAGUACAUCAAGACGGGCAGCAUCAGGCCGCUUAACGAUGUCCUCAUUUCCGUUGGUAUUCUGGGCUAUGCCGUGUCAUGGCCCAAGGAGUACCGCCACAUGCAGCACGAGAAGGAGAAGGCAGCUGCGAAAGCUGCCGGCAAGGGCCAUCAUUAAGAUGAACAUCGCCAGCGGGGCAUGGUGAAGUUUAAGAUGGCGAUGAAUGCUGUCAUCGUUGGGCGCUGGUUCGAUUAUAUGGCAGGAGCAUUGUGGCCCCCUUGACUGUGGUUUCCUCUCUGUCCUCGUGUCUGCCUCUCUGUCUGUCUGUCCGUCUGUGCGUCUGUCUCUUUCUGUCUGUCUGGCCCUCUCUCUGUCUUAGCUUAAGAUGGCGACGAAUGCUGUCAUCCUUGGGCGCAGGUUCGAUUAUAUGGCAGGAUCAUUGUGGCCCCCUUGACUGCGGUUUCCUCUCUGUCCUUGUGUCUGCCUCUCUCUCUGUCUGUCCGUCUGUGCGUCUGUCUCUGUGUCUUUCUUUUCCCUAGUGGUUCUUCAACAACUUCCAGUGGAUCGUGUUUGAGAGUAGAUAGUGACUGUUUGCCAUUGGCUGAUGCUUUCAAUUGUUGCUAGGACUACUUCAUUUAUGCAUCUGGUCGACAUCUUCGUUAGAUACGUGGUAUUUCAGAAACUGCGAAACAGCAGGAAAGACGAGAGGAUGAGAACCACCAUUUGUAAAUUUGUAAAUGGAUGGUUUUGACAAUUCUUUUGGAAAAACAAACAUUGAAGAGUUUU